AUGGAAAUAAAGGAUUUAGCAGAUCUGUAUGGAAACGAGCUUCAUAUUAGACAGUUAAAAAAAUUAAUAAGGGGAAGUGCGAGAGCCCAAGAGAUUGAAAAAAGAUCCAAAUUAGAUUCUUCAGAUGGACACGUUAUUGACGAACACGACCAGUUCUACAGAGACCAUAAAUUACUGCUGGCACUUUUUCGUGUCUUGGGCGUAAUGCCAGUGCAACGAGGAAAAAUAGGAAAAAUCACAUUUAGCUGGACAAGCUUGCCUAUGAUAUACGCUUACAUUUUUUACAUGAUAACAACAACUAUAGUCCUAAUGGUCGGCUACGAAAGAGUAGACAUACUCCUGAAUAAAAGCAAGAAGUUUGACGAAUAUAUUUACUCUAUCAUCUUCAUCAUCUUUCUAGUACCACACUUUUGGAUACCGUUUGUGGGUUGGGGAGUCGCGUACGAAGUGUGUGAUUAUAAAAAUGGUUGGGGCACUUUUCAGUUGCAUUAUUACAAAAUAGCAGGUAAAAAUUUGGAGUUCCCUCACUUGAGCACCCUUAUAGUCAUCUUAAGUAUAGGAUGCUUACUACUGGCUGUUGGAUUUCUACUUAUACUAAGCACCUUGCUCGACGGAUUUACUUUAUAUCACACCACGGCGUAUUACCACAUCAUUACUAUGAUAAAUAUGAACUGUGCCUUGUGGUACAUCAACUGUAGAGCCAUAAGCAACGCCAGUGAGGCCCUAGCAAAGAAUUUUCAGAGGGACAUUGAUAAAUACUGCACGUCUUACAUAGUGGCUCACUAUCGUGUUUUGUGGCUUGAACUGAGCGAGCUUUUGCAAGCAAUUGGCAACGCCUAUUCGCGAACAUAUUCUACUUAUUCGCUGUUUAUGAUGACUAAUGUUACUAUAGGUAUAUACGGUUUUACUUCUGAGGUGCUAGAUCAUGGCAUAACAUUUUCUUUCAAAGAAAUGGGUCUCUUGGUAGACAGCAUAUACUGCAUGGUCCUUUUGUAUGUCUUUUGCGACUGUUCCCAUCAAACGUCUGCCAACAUAGCUGAGGGAGUCCAACUGUCUUUGAUGAAUAUCAAGUUGAAUUCUGUCGACGUAGCUACUACGCGUGAGGUAGAACUUUUUUUGAAGGCUAUCCAUCUGAACCCACCAAAAGUAUCCUUACAGGGAUACUCGGUAGUGAACAGAGAACUAAUUUCUUCAAGUGUUGGUACCAUUGCUAUUUACCUCAUUGUUUUACUACAGUUCAAAAUCAGUUUAGUGAAUUUACGUGGAUAA